AGAAACGGCUUCACCUGUCUGAUCAGUAGCCUGGUUCAGAUAGUAAACUUUUGUGGACGUUGUAAGCAGACUAUCUAGAGAAUACUGAAUCAAGGUCGAGUGUGUUUUGAAGUAUGGCGUCAUGAAUUGAUUGUGUGGAAUGAGGAAAUAUGUGGAAGCUCGCAUGAAUUAUCUAAUUUAACACAUAUAUUUUUCUUUUUGUUUUUUUCUACGAUAAUGCAAAUGUUACACAAGCCAUGCGUUUGUCGUAUAAAUGGAUAAGCAAGGACCUAAGAAGUUUUUUCUUUGUUUACACUCAUGUUUAACAAGCAGAGGUUAAUUUAAACUUGCUUAUAGUGGUAACUAAGUAGGUGUGAAAGAACUUAAGGUCCAGAGACAAGUCAUGCCUGCCGCAUGAGCACAGCAAGAAUUAUACUAGUAAUUAUAAUAGCAGUUCUCAUCUAUAACGAAUAUAUAGUUUAUUCCCUUAAAAAGUGGUUUUCAUGGCCAGACAUUCACUGUGAUACUUCAUCAAAAUGCAUAAAAAUUCUGCUGGUUGCUGAUCCUCAGAUUCUUGGAGAGCAGUAUGAAACUAAUUUCCCAAGAGGCGCACUAACACGGUGGGAUAGUGACAGGUACCUAUACAAGACUUUUCAAAAGGCUUUUUACCAUGUGAAUCCACAUGUUGUUGUGUUCCUUGGAGACAUUUUGGAUGAAGGAAGUAUUGCCACAAAUGAAGAAUACGGAAGAUACAUGAAAAGGUUUUAUGAUGUGUUUAAUGUUGACCCUAGUGUUAAGUUUGUUUUCCUGCCAGGUGAUAAUGAUAUUGGAGGAGAAACUGAACCAUUAACAAUUGGAAAAAUGGAAAGAUUUCAAAGAACAUUCAGGCAGUCAGGUAUUAUACAGUUAGGACAUACUGAUAUGUUUAAGGUUAAUAGGUUAGCAUAUACAAUUCCAAAACUAGAAAUAAAUGCAAGGCAUUUACAAGGGAACAGAACACGUAUAGUAUUUAGUCAUCUGCCGCUCCUCCUUCGGCCAUCAUCAUUUGUACAACAGGUUGUGACCCAGAUCCAUCCUCAUGCAAUAUUUACUGCACAUGACCACAAGUCCCUACACAUAUCUGCUAAUGCAGAGACUGGAGAAGAAAGAUUUGUAGAAGUGUUUCCACCUAGCACUGGCCCAGUAUGGAAUUUCCAGUUGAAUGUUGGGCUAGUACAUGAAUUAAUGGUGCCUACUUGUUCAUAUCGUAUGGGGGCUGUUGACAUGGGUUUUGGAGUAGCUGCUUUUGAGCUAGCAAAUUAUGAACGAAAUGUAAAUGGUAAUAUUUAUAAAUAUAAUGCAUACCGCAAUGCAGCUGUUGUAUUAGCUGCUCAUCCCACACGUAUUCAGUCUGGAGAAGAGGCUCGAAAGCUAAAUGGUGUUGGAGAAAAAAUUUCCAAAAAAAUUGAUGAAUUUCUUCAAACAGGCAAAUUACAGAAGCUGGAAAAGAUUCGAGAAGAUGACAGCAGCACAGCCAUUAAUCUGCUAACACGUGUGUCAGGGAUUGGGCCAGCUAAAGCCAAACAACUUGUGGACAUUGGUGUUAAAACCAUUGAAGAUCUCCACAAACAUGAAGAUAAGCUAAAUCAUCAUCAGCUCAUAGGUCUUAAAUAUUUUGAAGAUUUUGAGAAGAAAAUUCCAAGGCUUGAAAUUGAACAAAUAGAAGAAAUUAUAAAGAAGGAGAUAAACAAUUUUGAUCCUCAAUAUUUGGUUACUAUUUGUGGUAGUUACAGGCGUGGAAAAUUGGAAAGUGGAGAUAUAGACGUACUUUUAACACAUCCUUCAUACACGUCCACAGAUGGAAGUAAAAAAAGAUCUCAACUUCUGAAGCAAGUAGUCAGUUUAUUGGAAUCAAAGAAUAUUAUUAUUGAUACUAUUUCCUUGGGAGAUGUCAAGUUCAUGGGAGUAUGUAGUCUUCAAAAAAGGAAAAGAGAUGUACAGUAUUUCCCUGCACGCCGUUUGGACAUUCGACUUACCCCACAUGACCAGUACUAUUGCAGUGUUCUUUAUUUCACUGGUUCUGAUCUUUUUAAUAAAAAUAUGAGAGCCCAUGCUCUUGAAAAUGGCUUCACCCUGAAUGAGUACACAUUACGCCCCAUGGGCUCCACAGGUAUUCCAGGAGAACCUGUAGUUGUAACAAAAGAGGAAGAUAUCUUCGAUUAUAUUGGAUAUGCAUACAAGAAGCCUAGUGAAAGAAAUUAGUAUGAAUUGUCUUCAUAUAAACUUGUAUUUCAUAACUUCAUUUAGAUAAAAAAUUUGCUACCAGUACACACCAAGACUACACUGUUCACAAGACGGCAUUAUUAAUUUGUAGAUAUUUAAUUCCAUAAGAUAUUUUCUUUAUAAUGUAUAUAAUAAAGUUUAUAAAAAGUAAUUCACCACAGUGUUUGUGAAGUGUUGAUUAUGAUGAAAAGUACAUGGAAGACUCGGUACAUUCAAAAUUCCUUGGUUUACAAAUUUAUAACCACUUAAACUGGAAGAAUCAUAUGGUUAUAAUGUAAUUGAGGCCUUCAGCACAAUUAACUGUUAAAACACUUUAUUUUGGAGACAUGUUUGGGUAGUAAAAUACUAUCUUCAGACCAGUCUCAUAUAGUGUGCCAACUAAGGGUUGAGAUUGAAUUAAAAUAAAAAAAUUAACACGAGUAAAAUUGACUGAAGUGGGAUUAUUGAUACAGUGAAUAUGUCCAUUUUUUACAUUAAGCUUUUUAUAAAUGAAUAUUGUAAACUAUGUGAUAUACUCACUGCAUAGGCUGAGUGAGUUGAAUCAAUUUUACAUUCAAUUAGAUUGCUUGAGGGUGGGUGCCAGACGAAAGUGAAGUUGGUCUGGUAUAAACUGACAUUUCAGAGGUGUUUGCUACCUGCAUCACCAUGGUGGUGGACACCAUAAGCAACAAGUGUAACUGAUUCAGAAUGCCCAUCCACAGCAACAAGUGAUGACAAACAAGAACAAGCCAGAGCCAUGAUUCUCAUGGACUGAAGCAUAACAGUAAAGGGCAUUGCAUCAAAACUAGGCAUCAGUGAAGGUUCGGCUAAUUAAAUGGUACGUAAUAUUUGUGGACUCCACAAAGUUUGUGCAUGGUGGGUUCAAGAGAAAUUGACAAAAGAGCAGAUACAGUCAUGUGGACAUGAGCUAUCGUCUGCUGGAUCAGUACGACAGUGAAGGCAACAAGUGUUUUGAAUUGCGUUUUCACUGGCAGUGAGACUUGGAUACAUCAUUAUUGUCCACAAGCAAACAUCAGAAUAUGCAGUGGAAACACUCAUCAUCUCCUGCUGCCAAAAUGUCAAGACUGAACCAUCAGCCUGGAAGUUAAUGCUGAUGGUGUUCUAGGAUUCUCAAAGUUCUGUCCUUGAACAUUACCAGGAACAUGGAAUCAUAGUAACAAGUGCAAGUUAUUCCAACAUGUUAAAAAUUAACUGAGACCAACCAUAAGGUUAUCAAUAGGUGUUCUCUUCUGGCACAACAAUGCUCAACUUCAUGAGUUUCAGAAAGCAAGGCAUGUCAGUGGAUGAUAAGAAAAUAAAGUGACAAUAUAAGCUGUAAAUAACCAUAAUGCCAGUUAAAAAUUUAUAUCAUUAUGUAUGUUAUUUCUUACAAUGUAAUGAGACUGGGAACCUGUAGUGACAUUCUGAUUAUGUGUUAUUAGAACUGACAUGCAUGAUUUAUGUUAACUAUUUUCAAUAAAGAUAGAACUACAAA